AUGAACGCUGGUGGUGAGAAAAUUUAUGACGGCGAAGAUAAGACUCAAUUUGUAGAUGGGGAAGUAGUACUAACAACACAUAGAAUUUUAUGGGGUAAACCCGGUGAUAUACCGAAAGGACUGACAUGUUUGUCGCUUCCAUUGUAUUAUGUAUUUUGUUUGGAAGAAGAAAGCGGAGGGGUUUUUGGUCUUGGUGGUCCAAAACGGAUUAUACUACAUUUAGGUCCUGCUUUACCAGGUAAAAGGCCAGGCCCAGCAGUAGUAAGCCCAUAUCACUUUGUAAAGUUCUCUUUCAAAGAUGGUAUUGACCCAGUAUUUUAUAAGGCACUAAGUGAUGCUGUUAAUAGUAAAGCAUGGGAAAUACCAUCCCCAGUAGCAUCUCCCACAAGUGGUGAAUAUUCAGGCGCUACAACUAAGUCCCCAACUACCCCAGUCAACUCAAAAAUUAGAUCAGGUAUAGUUGGCAUUGAAAGAAGUAUAGAGGAACAGCAUAGAGCAACAGAUGAAAGCAUUACUGUGGCAUUCCAAGAUUUGAAGAAGCUUAUGGAAAAGGCUAAGGAAAUGGUCACCAUAUCUAAAACUAUAUCAACAAAAAUAAGGGAAAAACAAGGUGAUAUAUCAGAGGAUGACACUGUUAGGUUUAAAUCCUACCUAAUGAGUUUGGGAAUUGAUGAUCCAGUUACUAGAGAUGCUUUCAGAUCGGACUCUGAUUUCUAUCUGAAUUUGGCUCAACAGAUAUCAGACAUGAUGGUAGCAGUUUUAAUGGAAUGUGGUGGUAUCAUGUCAUUAGCUGAUGUCUGGUGCAGGGUGAAUAGAGCAAGAGGUUUGGAGCUGAUUUCUCCAGAGGACUUAUUGAAUUCUUGCAAGCUGCUUCAAACAAUUGGUGCCCCAAUGUCCCUUCGAAAAUUUCCUAGUGGUGCCUGUGUUUUACAAUUGAAUAGUCAAAGGGAUGAAGAGAUUGCAAAAGUAACUAGUCAAUUGAUUGAAGAAAAUGGAUCACUUACACCAGUGAAGCUAUCUCAACUGGCUAAUGUCUCCAUUCUACUUGCUCGGGAGAGGCUUUUCACAACAGAACGUCUUGGGCUAGCCUGUAGGGAUGAAUCAAUAGAAGGCCUUGCAUUCUAUCCUAACCUGCUGCUUAGUAAAGCUGCA